GGUCGUCCGUCUCACGAGAAUAAAAGCCGGGUGGUAUUUUGCAGCGUCAUCCAGACAACUCUGACGUUUAAACAGCGUUGAAGUCUGAAAGUACGUGGAUCCUUUGGAUCAUUUAUCUCUGAGGUUACUUUCAAGAUUAAACGAACACGUUCACCGGCUCCCGAACAUAACACCAGCGUUCGGGCAGCAAAAAUGGCGCCACUUGCGGGGGACCCGAAAACUAUCGUGCAAGACCAUAUUAACAAGCACAAAGUGAUGAUAUUCAGCAAAACUACCUGUCCUUUUUGCAAAAAGGGGUGGAGCCAUGAUUAUUUGCUCUUUACUGUUUGGGCAGAAUUUCUAUCUGGAGCAGCACAGGAUCAAGAUAUAUGUCAGAUAUCCAGACAUGCUGAAAACUUUUCAGAAUGGCCAGACAUUUGGACCGACAGUAUUGAAAAAUUUGGUGGACCGAAUGGAUUUUUGGGUGGAGCCAUGAUUAUUUGCUCUUUACUGUUUGGGCAGAAUUUCUAUCUGGAGCAGCACAGGAUCAAGAUAUAUGUCAGAUAUCCAGACAUGCUGAAAACUUUUCAGAAUGGCCAGACAUUUGGACCGACAGUAUUGAAAAAUUUGGUGGACCGAAUGGAUUUUUACAAUGGGGGCUUUAUACAAAGUUCAUUAGCAGAAAUCUCUGGCCAAAGGACAGUACCAAAUGUUUAUAUAAAUGGGUCACAUUUAGGAGGAUGUGAUUCCGCUCUAGCGGCCCACGCCUCAAAUAAAUUGCUACCUCUGAUCAACCCAAGCACAGACCAGUAUGACUACGAUUUAAUUGUGAUUGGUGGGGGAUCUGGCGGCCUGGCUGCUUCAAAGGAAGCAGCGUCUCUUGGCAAAAAGGUUGCUGUUCUGGAUUUUGUAAAACCCACACCUGUAGGGACAGCUUGGGGUCUUGGUGGAACAUGUGUCAAUGUGGGGUGUAUACCAAAAAAACUGAUGCACCAGGCGGCUAUAUUAGGCCAUUCUCUAGAAGAUGCCAGAAAGUUUGGUUGGGAAUUUGAUGAAAAAGUGUCUCAUAACUGGGAUACAAUGAAAAGUGCUAUUCAGGAUUAUAUAGGAUCUCUUAACUGGAAGUACAGAGUAGAACUUAGAGACAGAAGCGUGGACUAUUUUAACAGCUUUGGAGAGUUCAAAGACCCACAUACAAUCAAGGCAACUAACAAGAGAGGAAAAGUUCAGGACCUCACUGCAGCCCAUUUCCUUCUAGCCAUGGGGAUGCGACCUCGGUACUUGGGCAUUCCAGGAGACAAAGAAUACUGCAUCACCAGCGAUGAUCUCUUCUCCCUGAAGUACUGCCCAGGGAAAACCCUGGUGGUAGGCGCGUCGUACGUUGCGCUGGAGUGUGCGGGUUUUCUCGCGGGGAUUGGGCUGGAUGUGACAGUCAUGGUGCGGUCUAUAUUGCUGCGCGGGUUUGACCAGCAGAUGGCGGAGAAGAUAGGGGAUUACAUGGCCAACCAUAGUAUUAAGAUGAUCAGGGAAGCUGUGCCUACAAAGAUUGAGCAGAUUGAGAAAGGGGAGCCAGGGAAACUGAAGGUUACUGCUAAAUAUGUGAAGACUGGAGAGGAGUUUGUUGGAGAAUACAAUACAGUAUUGCUUGGGAUUGGCCGCGAUGCCUGCACCAAUGGGAUAGGGCUGGACAAAGUGGGAAUCAACCUGAACCCAAAAAAUGGCCAGGUUAUUGCCGAGGCUGAGACGACCAAUGUCCCCCAUAUUCAUGCCAUAGGAGAUAUCCUGGAUGGCAAGCCAGAGCUGACCCCUGUGGCUAUACAGGCAGGCAGGCUGCUAGCCAGGCGACUGUUUGGAGGGGGUAAAGAGCAGUGUGACUACACCUAUGUUGCAACCACAGUUUUUACUCCGUUGGAAUAUGGCGCUUGUGGUUUCUCUGAAGAGGAUGCAAUUGCGAAAUAUGGAGAGGAAAACAUUGAAGUGUAUCACAGCAACUACCGCCCUCUAGAGUGGACAGUGCCUGGGAGGGAGGAGAAUGCCUGCUAUGCAAAACUUGUCUGCUUGAAGACAGAGAAUGAGCGUGUGAUUGGUCUGCAUGUAGUGGGUCCAAAUGCAGGGGAAAUGACCCAAGGGUAUGCUGUGGCUCUAAAGUGUGGCGCCACCAAGGCCCAUUUCGAUACCACCAUUGGAAUACAUCCAACCACCUCAGAGGUUUUUACCUCACUCAGUACAACCAAGAGCUCAGGACUACCAGUAGAUCAAGCUGGCUGCUGAGGUUAAGCCCUGCUGUUGCCAAAUUAGAGAGGAGUCUCAAGAGUCACCUGUAGAUGUCACCAGCGUUCCAGGAAGAACAUUUUCACCUAUAGAUGUCAGCAUUGCAUCAUCAUGCCUGUGUCAGUUCAGCACGUACAAGAUUAAGACUUUGAACAUGACCUAGUAGCAUAUACAUUGGAUGUUGAAGCAAGGCUAAUUAUUAACUGAAUGCAUUUCACUUAGAUGAUUGGCUAAAUAAUUUUACUAUCGUCUUGUUUGUCAUUAUAAUUUUUUGGUGAUGUGUGGAAAAAAUUUGCAACUUUACCAACUCAUACAAAGGUGAAAACUAAAAAAAAUUAACUGUGACUCUUGUGAAGAAUGAGACUCCUUUUCUAGGCAACGGCAGGGCCUGUUAUGGUUUCCCUGGUAACCAUUGGCGGUGUAGCACCUGUCAGGUGUAUUGAUGAUGGCACUGCUUGUAACCCUUAGCUAAGGGAGAGCAAAGCUUGAUGUGCAUCGCCAGUGGAAACCAAAACUAGUGUAUUAUACUUCACUAAUACGUCAAUUCUUAAUAAUCAUCUGAAUAUUUUUUUUCUUUGGUUGCUGUCAAUAGUGUUUACUCUUUGUGGGCUCUUGCUGACACAGCUAUUGUUUUGGUUGAAAAUUAUGCAAACUUAAACAGUUAUUGUUUCCAUCAGAUAUUGAUGUGAGGUUUUGACUUGAUAGCACCAAUGUUGAAAACUCUUAUUUGGUAAACUGCUGUCAACAGUUGUGAAAUAUGAAUUUAAAUAUAAAUGCAUUUUAAUAUUAUAAAGUUUAAUUUAUUUUUUGUGGAAAAAUAUUUUUGCAGGUGAUGUAAAUGUUAAUGUGCUGGUUUUAGCCUAGUUUCCUAAUUCAGCUCGUUUUUAACGUGGUGGACACUAAAAAAAUUGUCAUUACUGAGGUGAAAGAUGUUGCACAUGUAUUAAGAAAAAAAUACUUGAGUAUGUUAAGUAUUUUUUUGUUGGUGUUUUCGAUUACUGAAAAUGAAAACCCAAGUUUAACUUGAGAUUUGACAUGGUUUAGAGACCACAGCAAUGGAAAUUAAUUUGGAAAACUGACAUAAUCUUGAUAUUAAGUAACGCAAAACUGGCAAACACUUUAUGAACUAAGUUUUGUUUUUUGCAGAUGAAAUGUAAUAUCUUAAUGAUACUAUUGCACAAAAUUGAAUUAAAUUAAAUUUUAA